GCUACCCAUACUUGCAUAUUUCUGGGAGUGUCAUCACGGUGUCAGCUGAUCAUAUGACAGCGUGCGCGUAACCAAGAAGUAAACAUUGCACAUAGGCACGCAAAGAGGGAUUCAUCAAGACCAACUCAAAUGGUGUCCCUGAUCUGCACCUUGCAAGACCAUCGCGACGAUGUCAACUGUUGCGCGUUCUCCGCGACACUGCUGGCGACCUGUUCAGCUGACAAAACGUUACGAAUUUACAACACCCAAGACUUUUCUGAAGUCUCAUACUCCCCGCUCUCUGGCCACGGCUAUGGCGUCCACUGUUGUUGCUUCAGCGCCUGUGGUAAGUAUUUAGCCUCGUGUUCAACUGAUGGUUCAACAGUUGUGUGGUCAACGGACACUGGUGAGAUAGAGGCAGUGCUGGAGCAUCCGGGUAGGAGCCCCGUCAGGGUCUGCGCCUUCUCGCCCGACUCUUCACACCUGGUUUCGGGGGCGUCUGAUGGUACCUUAGGUCUUUGGGAUUUCCCUACGAAAACACUGCACAGGAUGGGGGCAGUGAAUGACACCACUAUGGUGGCCUGCUCCUUCACCCCCUGUGGCCAGAUGUUUGUCACUGGAUCUACGUAUGGGGACCUCAGGCUGUGGGACCUGGACAUGAACCAGCUCCAUGCGGAGAAGAACACUCACGACUUGGGGGUCACCUGCUGCUGCUUCGGCCCCAAGAUCCUCAGUGGUGGUAGUGGUGUGGUACAGUUCCGCCUGGCCUCCUGUGGACAAGACAGCACACUGAAGAUAUGGAUCGUCUCCAGGUCCAACACAGGCAGUACGUUGACCACAUGCUAUGGUUGUAAGAUGCAGCUGCUGCACACCCUGACCGGCCAGUCUGCCCCAGUGCUCUCCUGUGCUUUCUCUGCAGACGGACAGCUGCUCGUGUCUGGCUCAGUGGACAAAACAGUCACAGUGUAUGAUGCUAGCCAGGGGGCUUUGCUCUACACAUUGAACCAACAUGAGAGGUACGUGACGGCGUGUGCCUUCUCUCCCAGCAAACCUCUGAUCGCCACGGGUUCUAUGGACAAGACUGUCAAUAUAUGGAGUGUAGAGGACGGACGCAGUGGCCAUGAAUGCAAAUCUUUACCUGUUGAAACUGCAAGAUUCUCAUCCGAAGGCAGAAAGUUGCCGGGUCACUCCAGGCUUCUGGUCAGUGAUUGGUCAGAAGAGGAUGUGGGGGCGUGGCUGUGCGACGAGGGGCUGGAGGCGCUGGUGGAAACCUUCAAGGCAAACAACAUAGAUGGAGCUGAGCUAAUCAGUAUGACCAAGGAGACACUGGCCUCAGAACUCAACAUAGAGUCGGUGGGGCUGCGCAGUAAGGUCCUGAGGAAGGUGGAGGAGCUGAAGGCGGGGUGUGUGUGUACCGGUGUUCCUGAUGAGUUCCUCUGUCCAAUCACCAGAGAGCUGAUGAAGGACCCUGUUAUCGCUGCAGAUGGGUACUCCUAUGAGAGGGAAGCGAUUGAGAGCUGGAUCGCAACCAAGAAUCGUUCCAGCCCCAUGACCAACCUGCCCUUACAGACAACACUUCUGACCCCAAACCGAACCCUGAAGAUGGCUAUUGGACGCUGGAGGACCAGCCAGUGAGAAAGAGGGGUCCAGGGGCGUCUUCUACAUCCCUUUCAAUCCAAAGACUGUCUAUCCCUCAGUUAACUUCUGACCAAAAGUAGGCUGAUAGUACAUGAAGCUAUAUAUGAUGAUGUUUUCAGGUAGACCAUACUGAGCUUCUAUUCAACCCCUCACUGGGUCUGCACUUUCUCUCUUGGGAUGAAACUACUUUAGAAUGUAAAUAUUUAUAGCUGAUGAGAUAUUCUAAUAUAUAUAUAUAUAUAUUCUCAAACUCAUGCAUGUAGACCAUGUUUAACUCUGCUAUUUACUCUACUGCUUUAGCUCCAAAACCAUUUCAUGGAUGAUGAUGCAAUGUAGGCAUUUUGAUGGGAUACUGGUGUUAACAACAGAAGUGUUCUAUCUAUGGCUAAAGUUAUAUAACCGAGAUCGCUACAACAGAUGCCGGUACACACACAAUUGUACACAUGGGUGUUUGAAAUGAGUGGAAGGGAGAUGACAUUAUGAAAGGGAAGACUGAUGUCAUUUUGGUUUUCCAAAGAGGUUUUAUUUUAUUUCCCCAUGAUGAUUAUGGUAGUAGUGCUUGAGCACAGUCGGUAUAAUGUGUAGCAUAGCUCACAAAUCAAAGAUGGCAACAAUGUACAUGUAGAAUAUCAAUAUCAUCUCACCAAUAAUACCCUUACAAGCUCUUCUGUACCUUACUGUAAACUGUUACAAGCUCUUCUGUACCUUACUGUAAACUGUUACAAGCUCUUCUGUACCUUACUGUAAACUGUUAAUGUUGUGCGCACAUAAACUAAAUACAUCCAUCAA